AGAAAAUCCGGUUUUGCUCCGACAAGGAAGUUGAAUAAUGUUUUCAAUCGGCAACAUGAUUUGGAAAUACGGAUUAUUAUUAAUAUUGUUUCUCAUAUAUUCAUCAUUCGCUAAGAACAUUUCCUCUGAUUCUACGUGUUUCUAUAACUUGACAGCAAACUCCACCCUCCAGACAUUUACCUCCCCUGGCUAUCCAAAUCACUAUAACAAUAAUGAAAGGUGUGGGUGGUUAAUAGAGACGGAGUCCAGCAAUCUGACAAUCAAGGCAGACCUGGUCAAGUGUCGAACAGAAGGCACAGACUACGACUUUAUCUCUGUAUACGAUGGACCUGACAGGAACAGUACCAGAAUCGCCCUGUGGGGUGGAACUUUUCGGACCACGUCCACAGUUCACAGUAGUGGAAACAGGAUGUACGUUUCCUUCCAGUCAGACAGCUCCACAAGAAAUCAAGGUUUCGUCAUCAGAUAUUAUCAGUCAAAUAACGCAGAUUCUACGUGUUUCUAUGACUUGACAGCAAACUCCACCGUGCAAACAUUUACUUCACCUGGCUACCCAAAUUUCUACGACAAUAAUGAAAGGUGUGGGUGGUUAAUAGAGGCGGAGUCCAGCAAUCUGACAAUCAAGGCAGACCUGGUCGAGUGUCGAACAGAAGGCACAGACUACGACUUUAUCUCUGUAUACGAUGGACCUGACAGGAACAGUACCAGAAUCGCCCUGUGGGGUGGAACUGUGCGGAACACGCUCACAGUUCACAGUAGUGGAAACAGGAUGUACGUUUCGUUCCAGUCAGACAGGUCCAUAACAAAUCGAGGUUUCGUCAUCAGAUAUUACCAGUCAAAUAACGCAGAUUCUACGUGUUUCUAUAACUUGACAGCAAACUCCACCGUCCAAACAUUUACCUCACCUGGCUACCCAAAUUCCUACGACAAUAAUGAAAGGUGUGGGUGGUUAAUAGAGGCAGAGUCCAGCAAUCUGACAAUCAAGGCAGACCUGGUCGAGUGUCGAACAGAAGGCACAGACUACGACUUUAUCUCUGUAUACGAUGGAUCUGACAGGCACAGUACUAGAAUCGCCCUGUGGGGUGGAACUGUGCGGAACACGCUCACAGUUCACAGUAGUGGAAACAGGAUGUACGUUGCCUUCCAAUCAGACAGCUCCAUAAUAAAUCGAGGUUUCGUCAUCAGAUAUUACCAGUCAAAUAACGCAGAUUCUACGUGUUUCUAUAACUUGACCGCAAAUUCCACCGUUCAAACAUUUACCUCACCUGGCUACCCAAAUUUCUACGACAAUAAUGAAAGGUGUGGGUGGUUAAUAGAUGCGGAAUCCAGCAAUCUGACAAUCACCGCAGACCUGGUCGAGUGUCGAACAGAAGGCACACGCUACGACUUUAUCUCUGUAUACGAUGGACCUGACAGGAACAGUACCAGAAUCGCCCUGUGGGGUGGAACUGUGCAGAACACGCUCACAGUCCGCAGUAGUGGAAACAGGAUGUACGUUUCGUCCCAGUCAGACAGGUUCAUAACAAAUCGAGGUUUCGUCAUCAGAUAUUACCAGUCAAAUAACGCAGAUUAUAACUGUCAGAUUAGUCCACGAGCCAGAGACGAAAUUGGUAUCACCUGGGCGGACAAAGUAUGA